AUGAGUGCACCAGGACCUUCUCCCAAGCGGAGAAGGACGGAUAUGGCGCCUGCCACGAAUGAGAGUAUUGCCCAGGCUAAUGCUAUGAUGAGGGCGAUGACGGGGAAUAAGCAGAAUCGGUGGAUGAUGGGGGAGUCUGUUCUGACGGGAGGGCAGCCUUGGGCGGGUCGGGAGGGUCAGAGUCCUCUUGGGGGAGGACGGGGAGGAGGUUCUGGAGCGGUGGCUGGCUCUGGUGGGCCAGGUACAGGAGGACAGCAGACCCCGAAUGCCGUCGGGCAGGAUGCUGAGGCGGCGGGGUCAAUGGCGGCCCCAGCUGUAGGCAGUACGUUGGUUGAGUAUGAGUCGCCAUACGAUACAUCCACUUCCGCGCAAGCUGCAAGUACGACUGUUCAGAGUGGCAGGAAGUCCCUCGAUUCGAGGCCAAGAACUCCUGCAGGCGAGCAAGGACUCCCAUCCCCAGCACCAAGUGAGGAGAAUAAUGUCAACUCUCCAUUGAUCAGCAAUGUAUCUGUUGGAGUUCCUGCACAGACACAGCCGCAGCCACGUCGUGGGCCUGGUCGACCGAGAAAGGACGGCAUACAGACUCCUGCUGCUACUAUUUCACCCACGGCUGCGCAGGCUAGACCGAUGUGGGCUGCACCUGCAAGACGCGUGACAUCAAGUUCUGCAGCAUUGCAGGGGAGAUCACCGAGUGUACAGGUGCAAGCGAACUCUCCGCGGAGAUCACUGAGCAUACAGAUUCAAGCGAAUGCACCCUCGCGGUUGCAAAGACAGCACUCUUCCACACUCAUGCACACAAUCCCAUCGAAUGCGUCGCCGCGAAUGCUCCCGACCCAAUACAGUCAACAGUCACCUCAACUACCGGUCUUCAUUCCACCUGGCCAAUCAACCAGCUUUGUUCCCAACCCUGCGGCGGUCCCUACUCAGACCUUUGCGCAGUACUUCGACGUCAAUGUCCUUUGCCAGGCAAUAGCAACGCAGAUACAGCGACUACACAAUCUCGACCCCUCUGGUGCGAACACGCGAAACGAUGUCGCUCGUCUUACGUUAUCACGGGACGCGGUCGUGCAAAACGAUUCCUUCUAUCUUGUCCUCUCACAGCUCUUCUGCCUCAACUCCAAGCCAGGCGGACAGAAAGAGUUACCUCAAUCUAUACGCGGUGUUGGGCGCGAGAGCUGGAGACGAUUGGGAUCUCUGCUAUGUGACAACAACAGUCUCGUACCGCCUAGUAUCAAUUGGUUCGCCGAGUUUCCUGUACCAGUCAUGGACGUGUACUCCACGCAAUUGGAAGGCUUCAGAGCUGCGUAUGAGACUCAAGUCGCUCAUGUCUGUACCUUUCUGAGCGAGCUACCGAAAGAAUGGGACAAGCUCGUCAACGCGAGUAUCGAACGCCUCGCGCCACCGCUAGUCCAAGACAUGGCCUGCUCACUGUCAUUAUACAGUCCGAUUCUGCAGACCACGGCUUUCAGAGCUAUAGCGCGCACUUUCUGGUCGCAGACGAAGCCAGCUCACCAAGAGUCCGGCAUUGAGACUCUCGUCUCGCUUCAUCAACAAGACCAAGCGCGAUAUUAUCGUGGCUUAUUCUGGUCGCCUGAGAAUAAGAAAGCGGCGUAUGUGGCGAUGUACAGAGUCUACAUUGGAUGGAAGACCCACGAUGAUAUGUACAGGAAUAGUGCGGCAGCCAGUGGAGCGGGUAUGCCACAUUAUCACAUACCGAACGAUGUCCUGCAGAUAUUCGGGAUGCAGCCCCCAUUCGUUGCUACUAAUCCUAAUCCUAACCCUGCCCCACCUGCUCCUGCUCAUCACCGACAGCCAAGCGGAAGCGGCAACGCACCCUCACCCUUUUUCUUCUCACCACAACAGCAGCAAUUCCUGAUGGAGCAGAACGUGACUGCUUUGCAAAACCAGCAAGCCUGCCUCAUCAACGCAGCCGGAGGUGGGCGGACUCGGCAAUCUCAGAGUAGACCUACCCCUGUCCUGCCUUUGCAGCCUCCUGCGCCUCCUCUACAGCAUGAUCCGCGGUGCAUACUGCCGCGAAUUAAUGAUUGUCCACGAGCACAGCCGACGCAUCCAGAUAGUACAAAGUCGGCACUACAUCAAGCACAUCUUUCUAGUCCUAUCCUAUCUGCUGCCGAUGUCGACGACGUGAAGCCGAAGCUCUAUCGAUAUGUAGAGGAUUGCGCAUUAGGGCCCGAGCACCUUGACAAGGACAUGCCGAUGCAGGCGUUCACCUUCAACUUACGGGACGACUGCAUGGACAGGCUUCCUUCCGUUAUUAGUGGUGGCAGCAAUAAACAGCGACCAACGCAAUCUCUAUUGGAGUCAUCGAAGCAAUAUCGUCUCCGCUGUUGUCAGAUCGACAUGAAGACCGGCUUCCCAACCUUGAGCAGCUGGACAGAAGCAGAUAAUCUAUGGCCCGAAAACGUCAUGUUCGACCUGAACGGCACACCACUGGAGACUAGGAGGAAACUCCAGCAUGGUCGCUACCUACCCAUCGACGUCACCCACCUCGUCCAACCCGGAACGAAUACCUUGACUGUAGUCAACAUCAGACUGACAAUUGAUACUUCAGACUUCAACUACGCCGUCGGGAUCGAAGUCGUAGGCGUCACGAGUCACGAGUCUCUAGUCUCGAAUGUGAAGAUGCUAAGUGCGGGGGAGAGCCUAAAAGCCAUCAAGCUCUCCCUCUCCGCCCCACCAGACACCGCCGACGACGACGACCUCACGAUCUCCUCCAGUACCCUCACCCUCAAACUCUUCGACCCCAUCUCCGGCUCCCAGAUCUUCGCCCGCCCCGUCCGAGGCGAAAACUGUAAACAUCGCGACCCCUUCGACCUCGAAAUCUUCCUCUCUCAAACCCAGACACCCAAGAACGCCGCGCCGGGCUCUCCGAGCACGGUGGAUACAUGGCGCUGUCCCAUCUGUCGCAAGGGCGUACGACCGCAGACCUUGAUCGAAGAUGGGUUUUUGGUUGAGGUGAGGGGGGUGUUGGAGAAGGAGGGGAGGUUGAAUACGAGAGCUAUUGUUGUGGAGGCGGAUGGGAGGUGGAGGUUUAAGGCUGAGGAGAAGACGGGGGUGAGGAGUCGAAGUUUGGAGAGGGAGGAGGGGGUGGGGGUGGGGGGGGUUGAGAGGGCGAAGCAGAAGAAGAGUGCGGAGAUGGUUGUUAUUGAGCUUGAUUGA